AUGACAUCAGCUUUAUUGUUCGAUCAAACCUUGUUCAGGGCUGUUGUGCUCAUUGUUCGGAACAACAGCACCCUUCGAAUGUGUCUGAUGUAUUUGGAGUCAUCUGGUAGUGGUAAAGCACUUGCACUUCCUGGGGGACAGAAUCCUAACCGCAAACCUUCGGACAAGCCUAAUGAGAAACCAGAAGGCAAACCAGAAGGAAAACCAGAAGGCAAACCGGAAGAAAAACUAGAGGGUCAGAAGAAAGGAAAACCAGAGGGCAAACCGGAAGGCACACCGCAACCAGAAGGUAAACCUGGAAACGGAGACAAACCUGGAAACGGAGACGAACCCGGGAACGGAGACAAACCCGGGAACGGAGAUAAACCUGGGAAUGGAGAUAAACCCGGGGACGGAACUGGAAAGCCAACUGGACCAUCCGUAUCCACGGAAAGUUUCGCCAAGUAA